AUCCUCUGUUCUUAAAACCUUGCUGUUGAAGGCAAAGAUGAAGUAAUUCAAGAACAAAACUAAAAUUCUCAAAUCGGAGAUGUCGUUAGAGCAAAUGGAUCCACACGACAAGAUGAGAUCGCGCGACAUAAGUAAAGUCGCGAGAGGCCAGCAAGAGCCAAGACCAGCUCACACUCCCGGCACAGUGUCGCCACCACCUCAAAACGAGGCAACGUUUCGAGCGAAGAGAGGAGAAGAUGGCGGAGAUAGCAGAGGAGAGACGGAUUCAGCUGUGGAAGAACGGUUUCCGGUAACUAAUGAAACGCGACAUUGUUUCAAUCGGUUCAUGCAAUACCAUAAGUAAGUUUUAAAAAUUGCUUACCACUAAAUAAAUGAUUAAAGUGCGU